CGGGUCCGGCCCGAGGGACUUCGGGUGCGGCCAGCAUCCCCGGCCUCCCCGAUGGCUCGGGCCCCGCGGGGAGCAGAGCUGCAGAGCGUGCGCGGCCACCGCGUCCCCCUGCGAGCCGUCAUUCCAGCCCGUGAGUCUUUGAGAACAUUAUAAUGUCUCUUUGUGCCCCUUCUUGCAAGUUCUCUCAGCUGCUACCUGUUGAAGACAUGGAUAUCAAAAACUCACCUUCCAGCCUUAACUCUCCUGCCUCCUACAACUGUGGUCAAUCUGUUCUCCCCCUGGAGCAUGGCCCUAUAUAUAUCCCUUCCUCCUACGUAGACAGUCGCCAUGAAUAUUCAGCCAUGACAUUCUAUAGCCCUGCUGUAAUGAAUUACAGCGUUCCCAGCAGUGUCAGUAACCCAGAAGGCGGGCCUGGUCGACAGACCACCAGCCCAGGUGUGUUAUGGCCGGCUCCGGGGCACCUCUCUCCUUUAGCAAUCCAUUGCCAGUCGUCGCUUCUGUAUGCAGAGCCUCAGAAGAGUCCUUGGUGUGAAGCAAGAUCACUAGAGCACACCUUAGCCGUGAACAGGGAGACGCUGAAAAGGAAGAUGAGCGCAGGCAGUUGCGCCAGCCCCGUUACCAGUCCAGCGUCCAAGAGGGACGCUCACUUCUGCGCAGUCUGCAGCGACUACGCGUCUGGCUAUCACUAUGGAGUCUGGUCGUGCGAAGGAUGUAAGGCCUUUUUUAAAAGAAGCAUUCAAGGACAUAAUGAUUAUAUUUGUCCUGCUACGAAUCAGUGUACCAUAGAUAAGAACCGGCGUAAAAGCUGCCAGGCCUGCCGACUUCGAAAGUGCUACGAAGUAGGAAUGGUGAAGUGUGGCUCCCGGAGAGAAAGGUGUGGGUACCGAGUGGUUCGAAGACAGAGAAAUCCCGGUGAGCAGCCGCACUGCCUCAGCAAAGCCAAGAAGCACGGCGGCCACGUGCCCCGGGCAAAGGAGCUGCUGCUGAGCGCUCUGAGCCCGGAGCAGCUGGUGCUCACCCUGCUGGAGGCUGAGCCGCCCAACGUGCUGGUGAGCCGGCCCAGUGCGCCCUUCACCGAGGCCUCCAUGAUGAUGUCCCUCACCAAGCUGGCCGACAAGGAGCUGGUACACAUGAUCGGCUGGGCCAAGAAAAUUCCCGGUUUCGUGGAGCUCAGCCUGUUGGACCAAGUACGGCUCUUGGAGAGUUGCUGGAUGGAGGUGUUGAUGGUGGGGCUGAUGUGGCGCUCAAUCGAUCACCCCGGCAAGCUCAUCUUCGCUCCAGACCUCAUUCUGGACAGGUCAUCAGAAGACCCUCAUUCGCACGGCAUGCAGAUGAAGAAUGAUGCCUCAAGGGAUGAGGGGAAGUGUGUAGAAGGAAUUCUGGAAAUCUUUGACAUGCUCCUGGCAACAACUUCAAGGUUUCGCGAGCUAAAGCUCCAGCACAAGGAGUACCUGUGCGUCAAGGCCAUGAUCCUGCUCAACGCCAGUAUGUAUCCGCUGGCUGCGGCGGCCCAGGAGGUGGAGAGCAGCCGGAAGCUGACUCACCUGCUGAACGCCGUGACCGACGCUUUGGUCUGGGUGAUCGGCAAGAGCGGCAUCUCCGCGCAGCAGCAGUCCGUCCGCCUGGCCAAUCUCUUGAUGCUGCUGUCCCACGUCAGGCACAUCAGUAACAAGGGCAUGGAACAUCUGCUCAGCAUGAAGUGCAAAAAUGUGGUCCCAGUGUACGACCUGCUGCUGGAGAUGCUGAACGCUCACACGCUUCGCGGGUACAAGGCCUCUGUACCAGGGUCCGAGUGCAGUUCGGCAGAGGACAGUAAGAACAAGGAGGGCUCCCAGAAGCCACAGGCUCAGUGACGCCCAGCCUCGAGGUAAACAGGCCCACGGAGGAGGUCGCGGUGGAAGCUACACGCCAGGAGGCCCGAGCCUGGGUUUCAUCCUCACCGCUGAGCGUCCCUCCUUGGGUUGGGGUAGCUCAGCCGGGCACCAUUUUCCUCACUUCCCUUCUACUGGUGUGGUGAGACUCUCACAGCUUCCCUUGUGCCAGGAAGGGGGACACUGGGAUGCAGAGUUCCAUCUUGCAUGGCUUAAUGGGCUGUCAGUGUGGUUCCUGUCUCACUUCCUUCCCCUUCCCACCCCUUUAGAAAACAUCUUACAGGUUUCGGAGUGGUGCAAAUCUGACUGGCAGUGUUGUGAAGUAGAGGGGAGAGAGCAUGACCGUCUAGAGGAGGUGGACUGGCCCUCACCGGGCGGCCUUCACUUCACCUAGCACUGACUUUGUCCGCUCUCUUCUGGGUCAUGUGAUUGGAGGGUGGAAACCCCAGUGACAAUCCCUUAGCUAGUGUCAUACACCUACCUCACAGGCCUGUGAGGAUUGACGUCAGGUUACAGGAUUUGGUCAAGGACUAGAGCCCGUGGUCAGGCGAGACGUGAGCCACAUUCUCCUCAGGCCUUGUUGCAGUCUCUGUGCCAUUCAGCCCUCUGGGUUGCAUUCAGUGUACUUGCGGAUUCCUUGGGCCCACGUCUGCUGUGUGUGCUCACUCUCACGAAGGGCUGCGGGACAUUAAACUUGCUGUGCUCCUGGAGUUUGGCCUUCCUGAAGGCCCCAGGAGCCCUCGUGUGUGCGCUACAGGAAGGCCUUGGGGUUGCAGGGACAGGCACUCUCUGGCACGGUUAGUCACAGUGCCUUCCGGGUGCCUUGGCUGCACAGUAGGGGGAGCCAUCCCAGGUGCCACAUCAGCCACCCAGGGGACACAGGGACAGACAGUUGGGGCUGUGCAUGUGCAUGGUGUGUUCUGUGGAGAAAUGUUCCA